GUGGCUGACUAAAUACUUUUUUGCCCCACUGUAAUUAAUAAUAUUGCUGCAUCUGUACUCUUAUCUCUUGUAAAUAGUAUUUCCUCUAUCCCAUUAUAACCUUAUCAAAAGUUUGUGUAUUUGUGUAUGUGUUAGUACACAUACACAAAUUUGUUAUUGGACAAAUCGGACAUAUUGGGGCAGAAUCAGAAUCUGCUUACGAAGGAUUAAUGAGUACUUAAGGAAUGCUGUGAAAAUGAUCUAAUAAAGAAUAAGUUCAAAAGAUGAUGGAACUUGAAAACCCUUGCACCAAUUUCAUUGUAUUUUGAUUUUAGGAUUUGCUUUUCUAAUGUCAGAUAUUGGGACACUAACCUCUAUUCUUCUGUGUUCAUACUCAGAAAUUGAGAAAGAGUCGGAAUCAUUCUUGGCUCAUAUGAAAGAGGAUGGGCUCCUUUGUUAGCAUUUGACCUGACUUUGUGGAAAGUCAGAUGCUUUCUGUAGUCAUGCCAUGGAUGUUACUACAACACUUGUGUUCAAAACCUACCAUUCUGGAGAAUUUCGGAAUCUUCCCUUAAUCUCCUGAUCACACCAGUUCAGAAGUUUGGGGAAUGGUCUACAUGUUUUGUUCUUCUUGGAGUGACGGGGGUAUACUACCUUCAGCUCACCCAAAACCACUUCCAGAAAACUACCAGACCACCAAUGAAAUAGCAGGAUCAUUGUGGCCCUAAAGAGAUACAAAAGAUUCCAGAGUUCUCCAAAAUGUUUUGUUUUUGGAACGAUGUUACACUAUCUACAAUACACAUUGUGUACAAUAUCUAUGUACAUAAGCUUGUGUAUGUACAAGCAUGCAGGAAAGCAUGCAAAUUGUGUUUCUAUAUGUAAGUACUUCCUCGUAGAACAGCUGCUCUGGACAUUAUCUUAAAUUAAUGGAAGUAGGAGGAGAGGACACUCAUUUAUCUGCUAUCCAAAUUGAAUACUAACUAGAUGGUGUAUAAAUCACUAGAUUGGUGCAUAAAUCAGGCUGCUAUCUGCAGUGAUAUGCAGAUACAUUAUUUUCAUUAUUUUCUUUUCUUAGCAUCUCAGUGCAGUUGCAUUUAAAUUAUCUUAGCUAUAAAACCUAAGUCUAACUUACUAGGCUUUUUUUAGGAGGAGGUUUGAAAUAGAUCUGAAAUGUGGCACAGCACAUGCUUUGUUCCUUUCAUCAUUUUAUUAUUAUUUAGAUUCAUGCCUCCAGAUGACCCUCUUGGCCGUCAUGGGCCAAGCCUGGAGAAUUUUCUGAGGAAGAAACCUGUUGUACCGGAACAUAAGAAGCAACCCUGUCCAUAUGGGAAGAAAUGCACUUAUGGACACAAAUGCAAAUAUUAUCACCCAGAAAGAGGAAAUCAACCUCAGAGGUCAGUAGCUGAUGAACUUCGUGCCAUGUCUAGGAACACAGCUGCCAAAGCUGCUAGUGAAGGAGGGCUGGUGAAAAGCAACAGUGUUCCUUGUAGUACUAAGACAGAUAGCACUACAGAUCUCAAGCGAACUACUCCAAAGAGGCAAUCAGAUCCUAGUAUAAGGACUCAAGUCUACCAAGACUUGGAAGAAAAGCUCCCCACCAAAAACAAAUUGGGAACCAGGUCUGUACCUUCUUUAGUUAGUAUACCAACUUCUGCUGCUGCAAAACCCCAAAGUACUGCACCUUUAACCAAUGGCCUUCCAUCUGGAGUUCAUUUCCCAGCUCAGGAUCAAAGACCACAGGGGCCGUAUUCACCAGUGAUAAUGACAACCAAAAAUCAUGGAACGCCAAUGCCUUAUGAGCAGUAUCCCAAAUGUGAUUCUCCUGUGGAUGUAGGUUAUUACUCUAUGCUCGGCGCAUAUUCAAACCUAAGUAUCUCUGGUCCACGAAGUCCCGAAAGACGUUUCUCUUUGGACACAGAUUACAGAAUUAGUUCUGUAGCUUCUGAUUGUAGUAGUGAAGGGAGUAUGAGUUGUGGCAGUAGCGACUCCUACAUGGGCUACAAUGAUCGAUCUUACGUGAGUUCUCCUGACCCUCAACUGGAAGAGAAUUUAAAGUGUCAACAUUUGCAUCCCCAUAGCCAUCUGAACUCACAGUCCUUCUUACAGAAUUACCAUGAUACGCUAACCAGAGUGCAAAGUUACAGUCAUGAAGAACCAAAGCAUCAUCCGAAGCCUCCACUUCCAUACAUGGCUGUGCACUUUCAGCAUCCAAACAUGGGAAGCCGUUCCAGUUGUCCUAUUGACUACUCGGCUUCUCAGAGUUCACAGCAUUCAAAAAGCAUGCCUCUGGGAAGAGCUCUUGCAUCCACAAGACUAGACAGUGUAUCAGACUCACGUUUGUAUGAUAAUUCUCCAUUGAGAAAAAGAAAAACAUACUCCGCUCAAGAUGGACUCAGCAGUUGGGAUAGGCCAGGCUAUGGGAUGGAGGCCUAUGGCUAUCGUCAAACUUAUUCCUUACCCAGCAAUCCCACUCAGCCAUGUUACGAGCCCUUUGCCUUCCAAAGCUUACCUGAGCAACCAGAUCAGCCUUGGCAGAUACCUUACUGUGGGAUGCCUCAAGAUCUUCCAAGGUACCAAGACAGUCGAGAGAAAGUCUACAUCAAUCUGUGCAACAUUUUCCCCCCUGACCUGGUGAGGAUUGUAAUGAAAAGGAAUCCUCACAUGGCAGAUGCUCAGCAGCUUGCUGCAGCCAUUUUAGUGGAGAAGUCUCAGCUAGGUUAUUGAUGACAUGAUAUUGACGAUGCAUCUUUAUGGUGUCUAUUAGUUCAGUUUCAGCUGUAUUGCUGAGGGAGGUUUGCUACAAUAGCAUCUGUGAUCUCCUUCUCAGCAAGGAGGUUAUAUAGUAAUCCAUAUAUGUGAAAUACUGUGCCAUGGAACCUGUAUGUAUAACCCCACACACUGGAAAUAACAGGAUUUAUUUUAAAUACUCAGUUUUUUAAGAAAAAGAAAUAUUUCAUGGCUGGAAGGUCUCUCUGGCUUACUAUAUUAUAACUAUGAUUUCUCAGUAAGAAUCUCUAGUGCAUGUGGGUUUUAUAUGCAGCACUUUUUAAUAUUUGUUACAUAUUUAUUAAAUUAUUGGGUGUUUUAUCCUUCAAGUGCAAAACAUUUUUUUUUCAAAACAGCAGAAAACUGAAGAGGGUUUUAUGUGCCCAGCCAAUUUUUUUUCAAGCCAAGCUUAUUAGGAUCUAUUUUUUCAUAAUUAAGUUAUUUAAUUUUAUUGUGUGAUUUUCUUUGUACAUAAUCAUUUUAUUUAUAGAAAACAACAGUCUUUUACAGCACUGAAAUUAUUUUUAAUUAAUGUAUAAGUUACCAGUUUUUACACUGAAAUGGGUAACAAUAUAUUAGUACUUUAUAGUAUGGCACUUUUUAAUUUUUUUGGUUGUGGAUUUAAUUUAAAUUAUUUGUUGAUUACUGUUAAUUUUGGUGUAAGCAGAAGCAAUCAUUAGGAGAGAAACCUGCUUUUAUUAAUUUAUUAUGCAGAUGAAAAAAACUUUUAUGUGCAGGUUCUGAAGAUACUGAGCUUAUCCAGUUCCUGACUGUCACAAAUUUGACUACAAAUAUAUCCGUUUAGGCAGCAGUCUUAUGCAGCCAAUGUACAUUUCCAUUAAUCAGAAAUGGCAUUGAAAAGUGUAUCUCUUGUUCCUUUACUUAAUACACAGGUAUUUCAUAAAGUAACUGUUUUUAAAUGAAACAAAUUGUGUUCUCAAUGCAAUUUUUGUAUAUAAGAUAUUGUGUAUUUUUCAUGCUAUUUAUUGAGAAGGUUUUACAUUGUGUUCAGGAUAUGCAACAUCUUAACUGCACUAUAGUAAUGGUAAUUAUAGAUGAAAACAGCACAUACCUUUUGUGAAAUACUAUAUAUGUCCUCAGAAUUAGUUUGUCUGGCCUGUUGCAUUAUAUAGGCCCAGUUCUUGCCAUGAACAACAUAGUUUUAGAAGUAGACAGUGUCACCUCUUCUAGUAUUAGUAUGGGAGAUUUCUGGUUUUAAGUUUUGGGCUCUUUGAGCUCUUGUAAAAUGUAACUUUACAUAAAUAGAUUUAACAGUAGCUCUCACAGUGCCUAAUGCUGUAGACAUCAUGAUUAUGUAUACUACAUAUACUAGAAUUCCCUUCAGAGCUUCACACUGUGAUGAUUCCCAAGUUUACAUAAUUAUUGCUGAUAACUGGGUGGAUAACUGCAACUUGAAGAUGCUGUAGAACCAGAAAGUACCUACGCUGUUGAUACAAAUUGUAUCUUUAACUAUUAGAACUAUUUUAAUUUAUAGAUCUAACUUUUAAAAAGAACAUUUAAUUGUGUGAAAAUGAUUUUAGACUUUGGGCAACAUUUUAUCUCUUAUUUUUUUAAAAAAAACGAUAAGACUUCAAACCCAAACUUUUUUUUUUCUGUUUGAGUACCCUCUUGACCAUUUCUCUUAAAAUUGAGUAAUAUGAUAUCUAAAAAUAAUGGUAAAAUGCUGCCUAAAAAGAAUGUCCAAGCACCUUUUGAAUACAUUUUUCACUACUUAUGCAACACUGUGUGUUGUAAGAAGUAGGAUGUUGAUACACAGUAAAUGCUCCUGCAAAGCAUUAUGCUUUUAGAGGUAUCCAGUAAUCUGAACCAUGUUCAGCAACUUUAAUUCAGGAAUUGUUCUUCUACACAGUGUUCAGUAUUGUCUAAUCAGACAGGAUAUCACUUCCGUUAGGUUCAUCUGCCUCCCUGAAGAUGGCAUCUUACUUUUUGUCCAAGUAUCCUGAGGAAGAACCUCUUUCUUUAAUCUUUCUUUCUUUUGUCCUCAACUUCCUUGUUCCUUGCCUUUGCAGAAUAUAUUUUAUUGGAGAGAUUGUACAUUUUGCAUGGAUAUGCAGGUCCUCUUUUCUUUGAAAUAGAACUGGCUUGUUCCAGUAGGCUUGUUAUUCAUAGGCUGUUUAUGGCUUGUACUGUAACUUCUAAAUCUUGGUAAGAAAUAUUCAUGCAUCUUUAAAAUAUACCUGGAGUCUUGCUACUAGUGAGGGUGAAAAGCAGAAAUAUGACUUCUGGAAUAGAAGCAUUUCAUAUUUAUUUUCAAUUGAUGUAUAUGGAAUCAUACUUAGGAUUGACUGCAGCAUAUUUACUUGGAAAAAUGGCAUGAUCAUACAUUGUAUACUACAGUGUUAAAUGUGCAGUUGUUGGACACAUGUAAUGCAGGAUUUAAACACAUACUGAAGAGAAAUGUGCUGAAUUACUGAAUUUAAAGUUCAUGGCAGCUCUGCUUUAAUACUUACCUUCAGAGCUGAUAUGGCCUUCUUUAGUUACAAUUAAAAGCAGGUCACGCGCGCACACACACGGCUACAUUGUAUUCCAUUACAAUAACAUAACUGCCUCUACUGUAUACUGUAUUUUACAGAAAGCUCCAGGUUUUGAAUUAAUUAAUUUGCUGCUCUCAUUCUAUCAUUUCUUCAGUGGGAAUGCUUGAUUUGGACUACCUAUAAUUCUGCCAUCUUACAAACAGUUAAAUUUGAUUAAGUUCAUUGGUGAUCCUUUUUGUGCUGCAGGGGUCUUUAAUAAGCUAUUCAAGUGAAGAAUAUUCUUUUAAGUUCCAACAUUAAGAAGAUCACGGAAAAAUUGGUUACCUAUUAUCUGCAUACCUUAUGUUCCCAAUGCGGUUAUGGUCAGGGUGUAGAAGCAAGGAAACUCAUGUUGAAAUCCACUUUUAGCCAUGCAAGACCGCUGGAUAACUUUGGACCAGUCACUCACUCUCAAGUCCAAUCUGCUGAACAGGGUUGCUCUUGCAAGGAAAAAAUUGGAAGCAGAAGUGAAUUGUUCACCUCAUUGAGUUCCUGGAAGAAAGAUGGGAUGUAAAACUAACUGUAAUUACAUUCACCCAAGUGACCUGCUAUUAACAACUUUAAUCCUCCUUUUGUCAUGAUAUACCAGACAUUCAGAGCCUGCUAUUAUUGUUUACCUCCUGAAACUUGGUUCUUCUAAAGUAUAUUUUAGUAGGUUUUCAGAAAUGCUGUGCUGUGCUGGAAGAAAAAAAAUAGUAGUUACAGUAAAUCUGAUCUAUUUUAUAUCAAAGAUUCGAUGAAAUUCAAAAACACGCCCACCCACUGUAUGCAUUUCCGUUAACACAAGUAUUUACAUGAUCUCAAAAAGAGUCUUUUCAAAGGGCAACUUAAAAAAACAUGCAUUUUUGCUGCAUCCAUGCAUAUCAAUUUUGGAUCCAGGCAAUUAUAAUUGUAAAGUUCAAAUGUAAUUUUAGCAGGUAAAAUUUCAGCUCUGAUUGUUCACACAGCAUAUGAACAGUUAUAGAAGUUGGCCAAGACAAAAUGAAAAUAUAGCACUCUUUUAUUAUUUGGCAGUUAGUUGAUGGAUAUCAAUAACUGGAACCAUUUCAGUAUUUGUAAUGUAUGGAUAUCAUAGGAGUUCACAAUGUAUCUUGUGUAAGUACCUACAUUUGUACAAAUUCUUUUUUAAGAUGAUAAACUGAAAUUUUCAGAGGCUUUGUGUGUGUGUCGCAUUAACAUAUUUGAAACCUCUAAUCUUUUUAAAAAUCUUUUAAUAUGUUUUCUUAGAUAUGAGACUCAGCUAUUAUUAUUUUUUGGAAACUAUCACUGUAUUGUUAUAGCUAUCCUUUUAUUGUUAAAUUCCCAGUCAUAUCUAAAGUGAGUUUUUAUGAGAAAAACAUAUAAUUACAGCCACUUCUUUUUGCAGCUGCCAUGAUUUAGAGUGUCAUUUUAAAUCUGAUAAUACUAUGGAAAAUAAAACAUAAUAUUGAUAACUUUGUAGUAUAGAGAAGGGUGUCCUAUUAUUUCUAUUGCCCUGCUUGCAGGAAUAUUUAAUUUCAAUACAGAGGUGUUUGGCUUCCUCUUCCAAUUCUAAAAUACAACAGCAGCAAUUUGCAAAUGGUCCAUUCCUUCAUCACCAGUAUCUCCCCCCUCCCCAGAGUCCUUAGCUACAUACUUAGUUGAAAGAAUGGCAUGAUCUUGCCCAAAAUGGACCAGAUUGUUGAAAUGGAAGUGGGGGCAGUUGGGGCUCUGAAGAAAAGGGGAGGGGAAAAACAGGGAAUUAUUGUGAAAAACCUCAGCAAUAACAAAACCAAGAUGCUUAUCGUGGUUGCUUCUAUUCUCAAUGAGGCUUUACAACAAUUUGGCUAGGCAAAUGCAUAGCUAUUUCAUACUCUUUUAAAGAUAUCUCUAGAAAACUAAACUCUCUCUGUUCUUUUUCCUCAAGCUGUUGAGUUUGGGCUUAAUCAAAUAGAUCCAUUUAAAUCUGUGGGACUGAAGUUAAUAUCUACAGGUGUAGAUUUUAGUGUAUCUGCUUUUCAUUUUAGAAAUAUGAGUAGUUUCUGCAGCAUCCAUGAAUACUCUCCAUCAUGGUACUGUCAGUAAAUCAGCAAUAAAACUGUUAAAUAUUCCAUAGCUUUGGAUGUUGUGUCCAUUAUAUGUUAAGUAUACAUUAAAAUGGAACAUUAUUAAGUAUUGUGAUCUAUGCCUUUUUAUUCUAAUCUCGCUCUGUCCUCUUCUUCCUUUCUCUCCUUCUAUGUAUAGUGUGUGUGUGUGUUUUCAGGCUUUAUUCUUUUAAUAUUUUCCCACAUUUGCCUUCCAGGUUAAUUUGCUUCUCACAACAAAUCCACCUUCUACUUGCUCCUCAGCUAUCCUCUAAGGAGAUACUCAAACCAUUUUGCUUCUCUGCUUCUGUGCUCUGCUGACCUUUUUCUUACCAUUCAUAUCCCAAAUAACUUGUAACACCUACAUCUAAACACAACAUUUUAUUGGAGAAGAUAAGUCUCCAAUAAGUUUUUAAAAUAUUUGGUAGUAUUGUGAAUAUUCUCUAAUAAUAUUGAAAUGUUAUAUGUACAGUUAAUUCAUAUCUGUUGAUCUGUCUUGAUAAAAUAAUACAGAAAAAUAGUUUUGAUAUUUGUGCCUGGGAAAUUUAAUUCUUGAAGCAUAAUCUAGUAAAAUGGAACUUAAAAUAGGGUUGAAGUAUUUUUAUAAAGGGACUUGAACAAUUCUGUUUUCUGACUAUAAAUUUAUUGUAAAGAGUAAAGAUGUUAAUAAGGAUCUUUUUUAAAUACAUUAAUAUAAGAUUAAAUUGGGGGCAGACUGAUAUGCAUUAUCCAGUCAAACUAUAGGUGGUAUUGUAUUUAACCAUUCUAAACAAACCUUGCUUUAAAAGAGCUUUAAAUUGACUUGAAAUUACAGUGAUGGUAAAAUGGUGUACAAUUCUGUAAUUUGUGGAUAUCUACACCUUAUUUCAGUAUAUAUUUCAGCAUAAUUGAAACUGUGAUGAACUCUAUAUGUGCAGAAAUUGUCUGGAGUUUAAAUGAGUACUGCUUAAAUGGUGCUAAUAUUAAAUAGAAAACAGUAAACAGUAUUAAUUGGAUCUUGCUUUUAAAAAAAAAUAAUAAAUAUGCCCAUUAAGCUAGUUAAGAUUUAUUCUAUGUGUGUGAGUUUCAGUUUUGCCCUUGAUGGUAUUGUCUUAAUUAGGAGUCCCAUUGUUGCAUGUUAUCCUACUGCCCAAUUUCCAGAUUAUGUGAAACUUACUUCUUUGCCAUUGAUACCAUUGCCUGGUUACAUGUCCUUUUUCUCUCUGGGCAAAAUGCCAUACCCCAAGAGAAAGCACGUUAAGGGGAGGUCACAGCUGCUGCUGUUUCCACUGUUGGGGAAGGGCAAGGAACCCCUGUAGAAAGCUAGAGAUCCAGAGAUGCCCAAACACGUUAUUUCUAAUUCCAGUACAUAGAGACCAAACCAUUACUUUUAAUGAAGGGGAUAGUUUCAUGUACCCAAAAAAGAUUCAUAUAACUGCCUUCACCUUCACCGCACAGACACUCGUUAAAUAAAUGGGGUAUGCCAUGUAAGCAGGGAUUCGUAUGGACUGUGGAUCCUAUGGUAUACAUUUGCAUCAAAGUUAUUGACGAUGUGGGGACUGCAGCAAAUUUUUAGUGAAUGCCUAAGGGUAUACUAUAAUAAUGAUGAUGAUGAUGAUGAUGAUGUAUCUAAAACUAUGCAAUUGCAUCAUUGACUGUUAGGACUUUUUAAUGAUUCAGCACUCACCAGACUUUUCCAGGUGCAAGCGAAACUUUUUAACAUAGCUUUUAUAAACACUUUUGGAACUCUUUGUAGGAAAGAUAAUCAAAGGAAUAUACAAAACAUCUGGUAAAACAUUCAUCUCCUUUCCAUUGAUUACUUUGUACUUUUUCUGUAAUGGGAUUAUUCACUAGAUUUGGCCUUAUGAAAAAAAAAGCUAAAAGGAUGCAUGAAUUCUGCUUUGGGAUAAAGUUUCUCCUCCUCCUCCUGCCGUAAAAUGCACUGAGAUAAAUGGAUGAUUGAUAUGUUGAUCCUUAUUAUGACAAUAGGGAAGGAAUGUCAAGUUAUUGGGUUACAAAAUGCUGAUAUGUGGAAGAUAGUAACGGGUGACAGUAAAGUGAGUACAUCGCAGACAAAUCACUUUUGAGGUCAUCAACAUGCAUUUACUAACCACACGUGGAACGUAGACACUUGUUUAUCUGGGUGCUUCAAGAGGCGUAAGAUAUUUUCAGGCUAUUCCAGUCAAAUGUUAGUGAAUUUAUAAAGUGAAAGAAUCAGUGAAAGUUCAACUAAGAACAAAUAUUAGAAUUUGUGAAUGUUAGAGUCUUAUUUGUUACAUUUGUAACUGCAGUUUUUAUUGAACAAUUUUCCCUAAGAUUUGAAUCUUUUAAUGAUAUGUUCAAUAUAGAGGUGCAGAGUAACAGCAUACCAUUGCAUGCUAUAACCUAUCUGGUUGUGGCUUGAAACCAACUGUAGUGGAUAGCUGAACCUAUAUGGAAGGCCAAAGGUCUCAAACCUGAUCUCCCGGUAGCCUUUUGGGACUUUGUACGCUGGCUUAUUUUUUGCAUUGGGGUCAUGCCUUGGUAGUACCCAUUGCAACCACCUAUCUUUCAAGGGUGCUUAAUCAGGUGUUCAUCCCAUUACUCUAGUGUGUGAGAGAAAUAGAGUUCUCACACUCAGUGCUGUCUUUCUGUUGAUUAAAACGUAAAAGUGCAAUAAAGUAAUUUCAAUAGUAAUGCUCCUGGCUGUGUAGUAUAGAGGCAUAUGAUUUGAUGAUUCAACCCUUCCUCCCCUCCUUGGGAUUUAGACCAAUCUUACCAGAAAUAAAAAAAAGCAAACUUUAUUUAAAAAGCAAAAAAUACAAAUUUAAUAAGAGGUUUUAUAUUUUAGAUAUUAAAAUGCAGACAUUCAAAGAUGAAUAGAAUACAUUCCUGAGCUGUCCAGAUCAUAGUAAAGUGGUUAUAAAGAAAUUUACAAAAGAAAAUGCAGUGUGUCAGGCAGACCACAAAACGAUGUUCAUUUGCUACAAAUGGCUCAAUAUUUUGCCCUAAAUUAAUACAGGACAACUCUAGAGAAAACUUGGUGUCUUCAUACACAGCCUGAUGGAUGGCUAAAAGACUGGUUACACAAGUUCCUAAAUUGUACAGAAAAAUAACAUUACACUUGCACAAUAAAGAGAAAUAACCUAACAAAAGCUUCUGGCUUGACUUAUUUUUAUUGAAAUAGCAAAAUCUCUAUUCCUCUGCUUCAAGUUUUUUGGUCUUCCCAUUUUUGGGAAAUUCCAUACUUUAAUCAGAGAUUAUGACAUGAUGGUAAAUCCGACUCUAUUUCAGGCUUAGUCCACAACUGCUCUGGAAUCCUGACCCUUGAUUAAAACAACCAAGGGUUUACUGUUUCCAGCAGAGGGAAGGGCUGGGGUAAUUUGUCUCUAUGUGAAGCAGUAUACAUAUAUUUCACUUGUAAGGAUAUAUAUUGACAGUCUGGUAUUAGGAACUGCUGUCCCUUGUGGAAAUGUGAAGCAGCAGGCACAAAGGUUAUAUUUGCAGUAUGAAUUUUGACAAUCCAGGUUAUAUAAUGUUUAUAUUCUUUUGUCUUUAAAUGUAAGAACCUUAGAGAAGCUGAGUUGUAUUAAGCCAAAGGACAUCUGCUCUAGAAUUCUGUUCCUAAUGAUUGAUACCAGAUGUCUUUAUAAGCAGGACCAACACAAGCACAACAGCACCUUCCUGUUCAUGUUCUCCAGCAAUUAGUGUUGAGAGAAACCUGCUUCCAUUGCUGAAGAUAAAAGAACUGCACAUCAUAUUCUACAUAUAAUUGCAUCACAGAUAUCUGCAAAGACACUUUGAUACUAGUACUGUUUUUUCUUUCAGUUCCUUUCCUAACUAUCCCAGAUACAAGCUUUGCCAUUUUCACAGUACACAACCACACUGAUCUGGUUGGCACAUAGUAGUGAGCCAUGUUUUUCUUUUACUUAGACAUGUCUCUAUUCUAUUCUCCAUUUUUUUUAUGAACUGACCAGAGUUGUUGGGAGUCAGGCAGUGUAAACAUUUCAUUAAUAGUGAAUCCAGUGAGCAAUUUAUAAACUAUGGCUUGUUGGGUGCAGACUGCCAAUUACAACUCUUCAGUAAGCCAUGCUUAAGCAGAAUAUGACUUAAUACGAUAUGUGACCCUAGUCACUUUUGAGAGCUUUCUGUCUUUGCCACAUCAUAAACAUAGAUUCCAUCAGUAAGUUCCACACUACCACUUUCUGGUAUGCACUACUUUUCAUUUACUUAUACUGGACUACAUCUGCCAUGUCCAUGCUCUCACUUCUCAGUUUGGAGAGCCCCCCGUCCCCCGUUUAUCAAGAUAAUUCUGAACUGUUAGCAAAAAUGGUGACCUCAUUGCUUACCUUUAAAUCUAGGUUAGUAACAAAGUAUUGACCCCAAUUCCAGAACUGGUACUGUAUUUUCAACAAUGCCAUUCAAACCAUAAAGUCCUUGGAGGAACACUAGUCUACAUCACUCCACUAAGUGAGCUGAUAAUUUAUUCCUACUCGGGAGGGUGGGGGGGUAUUUUACCUCUCUCUUUACUGCAUGAUUGAAAAGAUUGUUCAGAAAUCUUUGAACAUUUUAACAGUUAAGAGUUUGUAGAUAAACCUGUACCAUUCUAUUCACCAUUUUGGUAAUGUAUUUCCCAGUAGGUAUCUCUUAAGUGAACAUCAAUGCUCUCCCUUUUCCUUCAAAGCAUCAAACUUUUGAGAGAAAGAUUGCAAGAAACAUGCAGUAGAUGGUAAGAAUGAGAGUGGGGGAGGAUGGAACAAAUUUAUACCCAUCUACAACUUAAAACAAUUUGUGAAGAUAACUUUUCUCUAAAAAAUAUUUAAUCUUAUCCUGAUGUAUCAUCAUCACUUAAUAUACAUUAUUUAAAAAUGGACAAGCAAAUACUUGAAAUAUCAAGUAUCUGACAUGCCCAGUUUUGCCAGGCUUCAUGCAAAGAAUAUCUGAACCAUCCCAAUUUUUUUCCAGAACUUAUCUACAUUGGUUUAUCUUAUAGGUGAAAUGAAAAGCAAACACUUCAGCUUCGUCUUGAGGAAAUGUCACAUCAAUCAUUUCUAAAACACGCCCUCCAAAUGGUUGGAAAAAUUCAGUUGGAGAACUGAGUGGAGAGUGUUCUAGCAAAAACGUUGCAAAAAACACCUUUUGUUUUGUUUAAAAGAUAGCAAACUUCCAAAUAACAGAAGCACAGAGGCAGGCCUUGGCAGACCUCAGAAUCUUCUGUUGCUCCUUAUUAAGUUUCUAUCCUAAGGGCUGCAAGAGAUCGUACUUUUGUAACCUGCAUAAAGACACAGAAGAAGAAGAAACCAAGCAGAUUUAAUAAACUAGUAAAGAGUCUAGCAUGGUCAUUUAGUUCUGUGAUGGCAAUUAAAUAUAGGGAUUGGCCAUAUUGUACCCUCCAGAUAUUUUAGACUAGAACUCUACAGGCCCAUCAAAUAUGGCCAGUUAUUAGAGUCACUCAAAAUAUCUGGAAGCUCCAGUGGUUUAGAAUAAAGACAGAAGUUGUUGGCCUCAGGGUCCCAUCAGCCUUCACUAAUUGUUAGGGAAUAAUUGUAGAUUAUUAGACCAUUGGUUCCUCCUCCCUCCCCUGCAAAUAUGGUAUUACAGAAUAAGAAAAGAUAUAUUUCACAAGACAUUUGAAAUGAAUUCUCUAUAAUUUGAUGCUAAAAAUGACAGUGGAGGCAUGGUCAUCAUUCCUAAAUUAGAACCAUCUGGAAGUCACAAUGAAAUCAAAAGGGUUUUGGAGCACAAACAUAAGUAUAGUAUAAAUAAGACACAUAUAAUUGCCUUGUCUGGUAUCUCCAGGAAUAGGUGAAGUUUGGGACACUAGGUUCAGUGGUACUGAUGCAUCCUGGCCAUAUCUAGAAUUGGAUAGAAUCCAAGAAUAUAACCAAGUUUCAAGUCUGAGUCUUCAAGGGAAUUGUCCCUUUUUUUUCUGAUCUGCAUUUCAACAGGUUGAACUGAAGUUCGGUUUCAUCUUUAUCAAAUUUUAUGCCAUCAUGAGGCACUGAUCUGAAAUAGCUUCCUUAGAUUUUGCUGGAAGUUUUAUGCCAUCAGCACACUGGUACCAUUGAAUUCCAUACAACUUCUUCCAGCAGUGUCACAUAUAUGUUAAAUAGCAUAAUCAACAGAUCAAGUCAUAAAGGAUAUUAUAGAGAGCUGUCUGGAAUCUGAUCUGAUAACUUCUGUAUGACUGUUCACAAAACAUGGUUCAAUUUAUUAUUUUUUUAUAUUUCACAUUUACAACCCACCACAAUUGUAUACCAACUCUUAGUGACUAACUGAAUUAA